AUGAGCAGCCCAACACCUUGCUACCGUGGGGUUCUCGAGUUGAAUUUUGAGGACUUGACAGAAGUAACGGGCGAUGGGCGCAAGUCGCCAAGUUUUGUUGUUCCUUUAAACUUGAUUUCUCGCCUGUCACCUAGUCUAGGUGAUUUGGUAAAAAGAGAUCGAGACUCCAAGGACAAUGUCUUAGCAGUAGAGGCUGUGGAUGCUGAUACUUUUUGGCAUUUCUUUCAGUUCGUGUUCUCUGGCACGUAUGAUUGCCUGGAGCCCAUCGAAAGGGAUGGACCUGAGGUUGUGAGUGAUCCUUCCAGCCACAGUCUCCUGAGUACACCAAAGAAAAGCAACGGCACCAGCGGCGGUGGGAUUUUUGGGGGCGCUAUCGCUAGCACUGGCGGUGGUGGGAUGUUUGGGACGCCGUGGAGUCCUCUCGCUAGUACCGGCGGCGGUGGAAUUUUUGGGGGGGCUAUCGCUGCCACUGGCGGCGGAUUGUUCGGGACCUGUAGGGUUGACGGCGCAGCCAGCAAUAGUCUGUCCAAAAUCAGGAGCACAGAUAUGAUGAACGGUUCUUGCUUAUCCGGGGGAUCUGGCUCGCCAUUUGAUUCAGGGCAGAGUUUACCGAAAUCAAAACAGCCCUACUCACUUGUUUCCAAUACGACUGCGUUGACUAUCUACUCAGGUUCGCAGGUAUCAUCCAAGCGCAAGCGUGAUACCCCAAGUGAUGGCGAAAACCUAGCAAAGCACUCUGAGACUCAACAACACUGCAUUUCCCUAUUUUUGAAGAAAUACAGGAUCGAUGAGCACAACUUUCAGGCUGAUAGUACUGAUGGUACGGCGACGACGCGUACCAUUGUCAAUGUAUUCCUAAGCCAUUGUCGAAUGUGGCACUUUGCUUGCAAUUACGCCAUACCUACGCUUAUGGACUACGCAUUAUCACAGUUAGCCCUUGAGCUCGCACACUUUGUUAUCCGUGCAACGCUGUUUGUCCCUGUUUUCAAGAGGCUUGUCCAGUUUGUAUACAAAGAGUGUGACACACGGGAUAGUAGCUUGCGGUUGCUCAUUGCCGGAUUUGCUGCUUGUGUGAUCGAAGAUGUUUCAAGACUGGAAGGUUGGAGAGGUUUACUCACUGAUGUACCUGCUUUCAGGGCAGACCUGGCAGAUGAACUGUUGCAUGCGAUGGAGACGCCGUAA